AUGGAUAGAUCAAAAAAGAAAUUGCAACUACCAAAAUCUGUGUUGGAUAUGAAAUUUAUGAGAAAAACUAAAGAAAGGAUAGAAAAAGAAUUAGAAAACACUCAAGGCCAUGAAAAUUUAUACUCCAAUAUUAUCACGGAUGAAAUGCGUACUGCGUCUGGCAACUAUGUAUCAGAGUCGAGUUUUAUAUUCUGCGAAGACUUGUUGGAAGGAAGGCUCUCUUUUAAAGGGAUGAAUCCAGAGAUUGAACGUCUUAUGCGUGACCAAAAUGAAGAUUGUGAUGAUGGGGAGAUGCAGAAAGAUAUCUCUGAUGAGAUUCUAGCCAAGAAAAUGGAAGCAUUUCAUAAAAGAAAAAGACAAUCCAGUGAUAAAAAACCACAAGGACCUAGGAAUAAGAAGAAGAGAUUACAUGAACAGCCCAAGAAAAUGGGCAAAAAUCUGAAUUCAGAUACAUCAAAAUUGGCCUCCAAAACAGUAUCAUGGACUACAGUUGUAGACCCUGAAUAA